UUAUAUAGUCGUUAUUUUUCUUUUUUUAAUUUUUUAAUGGGUGUAACAAAAAAAAAAAUAAUAAAAAGGAAAAUAUAUAUUACAAAGCAAGUAAUUUUUGUACGGUAUUAAAUAUUGGAGUGAAAAAUGAAAACGGAAUGAUUUUAUUUAUACUGGUUUCCAUUUAGACACUUCUAUACGUAGCUGUCAGGAAGAGCCUAAGUUAUUAAAUUAUUAAUUGUCGCAUCUAAACAUAGGAAUUACGAACGAAAUACCUUGGAGAAUGGGAGAACGUUGUGCUAAUACAUGGGUCUGUCUUGCGAUAACUUUUAUUGGGAUAAGCAUAACACUGGUUGGCAUUAUUUGCUGGAGAGAGUUUAUAUUAAAGGACAAGGAAACAGAUACAAGAAUUACUCGUGAAAAUCUUAUUAAGUACUACCCCACCAUAUAUGGCAUUUAUACAACUAAUAUUUCCUACGAGCAGAUAUUGUUAAAAGGUGCAAAUCGCCUUACGCCUACUACUGGAUAUUUUAAUCCUAAUAAGAACUGCAGUUUUGAUUGUGUACCUAAUGGAGGAAAACGUAUAUCUGAACCGAACUACAACCGUGCACGUGUUUACAAUCACGCAUGUUGUCAAUCAACUCGAAUCUUUACAACACAUCAAUUCUUUACAAACAUAGAUGGCGUAGUUAGAGAGAUCGUACAGUUCAAUGAUUCACUGCUGUUGAUAUACAUGCCACAGGUAUUCUUUCAAGAAGAAUGCAGACAAGCCAUUCAUUGUACUGGUUGCAUUUGUCACUACAUUGCUCAAGCAACUUCAGCAGUUGUCUACAAGUCUGGAUACACAUCAGCAACAGCCAGAUACAUUUCACAGCUGGAAAUAGACCUUUUUUAUUUACACGGAUGCUGUAAAUGCAUUAACCUUAGUAAACGUGCACCAUAAGCGACACUUUAGAAAACCGGUAAAACUGUUUUUGUGCUUUUCAAUUUCAUGAAAAAUUGUACAUUGUUAUUUAUUCAAUUAUUCCCCUGAGCAAAAUGUGCAUAUGAUUUAUUUAAAAAAAUAUUACUAUCGUAGUUAUUUAUCACGGACAAGAAUGACAUAAGAAACCUACUGUGGAAGACUUUUCUAAUAACACCAUGUUUAUCUUAAAAAAACUUAUAAAAGAAGAAAUAGUUAUUUUUCAAAGUUAUCAUAACAUUUGUUAUUGAAAAGAACCUAAAGGUAAAUCAUCAAAAUAUACAAAUAGAUUUUUUAAGCAUGCUGUCCACACUUGAUGGAAAGUGUGUUGAAAAAGGAGAGACAAAAUGAGUAAAGGAAAAAAAGUUUGAUCGCAGGAUAUCAGAUCCUUUUAAGAAUUAAAAUAGGUACAUAUUUAAAGAUCGCGUUCACAGUUUUAGUGUUCUACGUGCAUUGUGAUAUUUGUGCAGGAGAGAGGCGAAAGAUUCCAAAAAGGACCUUCAAACCCAUAUGUCGAAAAUAAACUGACAACACCAUGUCUAAAAUAGAAAAUAAAAACAAACAACAGUUCACAAAAAUAACAUAGAAAACUAAAGGCUGAGCAACACGAACCCCACCAACAACUGGGGCUGAUCUCAGGUGCUCCGGAAGGGUAAGUAGAUCCUGCUUCACAUGUGCCAUCCGUCGUGUUCCUUGUGUUAGUACAAACCCGAUGAUAAGUGUAUUUUGUAGGUCACAUUCAUGGAAAAGUGGACGGGAUUGUAGUUACGACAAGUGGAACAUAUCCGUUGUCAUCUGUGAAAUGGAUAUUCCAUAACUGUCCAUUCAUAGACGUCGAUAAAACAUGUAAAAUGCUUUUAUCAAUUAUUUAACAGAUUUUCACCAAACUCACUAAAUUGUUCAGUUUAUGUUAUUAAUGAUAUGACGGAAAUGGAAAUGUGUACUAAAUUAAACAAGGAUAUCCGCCUAUAAAAACCUUCACAAGUAAUAAUGUAUGUAUAUUGUAUUAACUUUGAAAUUAAAAACCUACGUAAUAACACAAU